AUGCUGGCAUGGUGUGUGGUGCACGGGGCGCGUGUCUCACCUGGCGUGCUGGAAGGCGGUGUGGUGCACGGGGCGCGUGUCUCACCUGGCGUGCUGGCAGGCGGUGUUGUGCACGAGGCGCGUGUCUCACCUGGUGUGCUGGCAGGCGCUGUGGUGCACGGGGCGCGUGUCUCACCUGGUGUGCUGGCAGGUGCUGUGGUGCAAGGGGUGCGUGUCUCACCUGGCGUGCUGGCAGGCGGUGUGGUGCACGGGGCGCGUGUCUCACCUGGUGUGCUGGCAGGCGCUGUGGUGCACGGGGCGCAUGUCUCACCUGGCGUGCUGGCAGGCGCUGUGGUGCACGGGGCGCGUGUCUCACCUGGUGUGCUGGCAGGCGCUGUGGUGCACGGGGCACGUGUCUCACCUGGCGUGCUGGCAGGCGCUGUUGUGCACGGGGCGCGUGUCUCACCUGGCGUGCUGGCAGGCGCUGUGGUGCACGGGGCGCAUGUCUCACCUGGCGUGCUGGCAGGCGCUGUGGUGCACGGGGCGCGUGUCUCACCUGGUGUGCUGGCAGGCACUGUGGUGCACGGGGCACGUGUCUCACCUGGCGUGCUGGCAGGCGGUGUGGUGCACGGGGCGCGUGUCUCACCUGGCGUGCUGGCAGGCGCUGUGGUGCACGAGGCGCAUGUCUCACCUGGCGUGCUGGCAGGCGCUGUGGUGCACGGGGCGCGUGUCUCACCUGGUGUGCUCGCAGGCACUGUGGUGCACGGGGCGCGUGUUUCACCUGGCGUGCUGGCAGGCGGAGUGGUGCACGGGGCGCGUGUCUCACCUGGCGUGCUGGCAGGCGGUGUGGUGCACGGGGCGCGUGUCUCACCUGGCGUGCUGGCAGGCGGUGUGGUGCACGGGGCACGUGUCUCACCUGGCGUGCUGGCAGGCGGUGUGGUGCACGGAACGCGUGUCUCACCUGGCGUGCUGGAAGGCGCUGUUGUGGACGGGACGCGUGUCUCUUCUGGCGUGCUGACAGGCAGUGUGGUGCACGGGGCGCGUGUCUCACCUGGCGUGCCUGCAGGCGCUGUGGUGCACGGGGCGCGUGUCUCACCUGGCGUGCUGGCAGACGCUGUGGUUCACGAGGCGCGCGCUGUGGUGCACGGGGCGCGUGUCCCUCCUGGCGUGCUGGCAGACGGUGUGGUGCACGGGGCGCGUUUCUCACGUGGCGUGCUGGCAGGCGCUGUGGUGCACGGGGCAAGUGUCUCACCUGGUGUACUGGCAGGCGGAGUGGUGCACGGGGCGCGUGUCUCACCUGGUGUGCUGGCAGGCGCUGUGGUGCACGGGGCGCGUAUCUCACCUGGCGUGCUGGCAGGCGCUGUGGUGCACGGGGCGCGUGUCUCACCUGGCGUGCUGGCAGGCGCUUUAGUGCACGGAGCGCGUGUCUCACCUGGCGUGCUGGAAGGCGGUGUAGCACACCGGGCGCGUUUCUCAUCUGGCGUGCUGGCAGGCGGUGUGGUGCACGGGGCGCGUGUCUCACCUGGCGUGCUGGCAGGCGCUGUGGUGCACGGGGCGCGUGUCUCACCUGGCGUGCUAGCAGGCGCUGUGGUGCACGGAACGCGUGUCUCACCUGGCGUGCUGGCAGGCGCUGUUGUGGUACACGGGACACGUGUCUCUCCUGGCGUGCUGACAGGCGGUGUGGUGCACGGGGCGCGUGUCUCACCUGGUGUGCCUGCAGGCGCUGUGGUGCACGGGGCGCGUGUCUCACAUGGCGUGCUGGCAGGCGGUGUGGUACACGAGGCGCGUGUCUCACCUGGCGUGCUGGCAGGCGGUUUGGUGCACGGGGGGCGUGUCUCACCUGGCGUGCUGGCAGGCGCUGUGGUGCACGGGGCGCGUGUCCCACCUGGCGUGCUGGCAGACGGUGUGGUGCACGGGGCGCGUUUCUCACCUGGCGUGCUGGCAGGCGGUGUGGUGCACGGGGCAAGUGUCUCACCUGGUGUGCUGGCAGGCGGAGUGGUGCACGGGGCGCGUGUCUCACCUGGCGUGCUGGCAGGCAGUGUGGUGCACGGGGCGCGUGUCUCACCUGGCGUGCUGGCAGGCGCUGUGGUGCACGGGGCGCGUGUCUCACCUGGCGUGCUGGCAGGCGCUUUAGUGCACGGAGCGCGUGUCUCACCUGGCGUGCUGGAAGGCGGUGUGGCACACCGGGCGCGUUUCUCACCUGGCGUGCUGGCAGGCGGUGUGGUACACCGGGCGCGUGUCUCACCUGGCGUGCUGGCAGGCGGUGUGGUGCACGGGGCACGUGUCUCACCUGGCGUGCUGGAAGGCGGUGUAGCACACGGGGCGCGUUUCUCACCUGGCGUGCUGGCCGGCGGUGUGGUGCACGGGGCGCGUGUCUCACCUGGCGUGCUGGCAGGCGCUGUGGUGCACCGGGCGCGUGUCUCACCUGGCGUGUUGGCAGGCGGUGUUGUACACGGGGCGCGUGUCUCACCUGGCGUGCUGGCAGGUGGUGUGGUACACCGGGCGCGUGUCUCAUCUGGUGUGCUGGCAGGCGGUGUGGUGCACGGGGCGCGUGUCUCACCUGGUGUGCUGGCAGGCGGAGUGGUGCACGGGGCGCGUGUCUCACCUGGCGUGCUGGCAGGCGCUGUGAUGCACGGGGCGCGUGUCUCACCUGGCGUGUUGGCAGGCGGUGUGGUGCACCGGGCACUUGUGUCACCUGGCGUGUUCGCAGGCGGUGUGGUACACCGGGCGCGUGUGUCACUUGGCGUACUGGCAGGUGGUGUGGUACACCGGGCACGUGUCUCACCUGGCGUGCUGGCAGGCGGUGUGGUGCACGGGCUGGGUGCAGGCGGUGCCGCAGCCUGUAGGGCAGCAACGUAG